GAAUAAAAAAAAUUAUAAAUAAAGAACAAUUUAAAAAAAUUAUUGCUUUUUUAUUUAUUGAUAAUUAUCCCAAAAUUUUCUACAAAACAUUCUUAAUUAAAUUUCCUAUAUUGUUUCGCAUACUUCAUUAUAUUGACAUUAUUUAUGUAUUUUAAGUCCUCAAACUGGCAAAGUAUUGAUAGGAAUAUAUAGAAUAAUAUAUUUUCUUUUCGUGAAAACUUUUCUAUCAUUCUAAACUAUCAAAUUUUGAAUAAAUAAAAAGUUCACAAAUUUAUAUUAUCUCAAAAUGAAAGGAUUAUACAAGAUUUUAGGUUUAACCGGUUCCUUAUAUGUUUUAUCCUGCAGUUUUCUUUCAUCUGGUGUUUCCGCAGCUGAUGCUCAGGGUGAGAACGUCCAUGUACGUAUUCCAACCAGUCUAAAGCAAUUAAAUGAAGAAGGAGUAUAUUCCGUAUCCGAAUGGAAAAAGAAAAAAUGGUCCGAAUUUUUGAAAUCAGUAGACGGAGAUUUUAAGGAAUUUUUGGUUUAUUUGGAUAAUGAAAAAAAUAGCUGGCUAGAAGGAAAAGAUGAACUCUGGGAACAAUGGAAAGCAAAUAUGGAAAAAAAAUGGGAACACUAUGAUGAAUAUACCUUUAAAGAAUUAUUGGCUGAUCAUGCAAAAGAUGCAUUAACAUGGAAUGACAAAGAAUGGAUAAAUUGGGUAAGUAAAAAAGGAAGAUUAGCAAUGAAAGGAGAUUGGAAUAAAUGGGUUAAUGGACAUGAUGUCUUUUUUAAAGAUGGUAUUAAUAAUGAUUGGAAAAAUUGGAGUGAUUUCAAAAGGAAAGAAUUUGGAUCAAUCACAUGGAAAUAUCGUGAAGAUAAAUUCUGGACAUACUGGAUAGAUCAUGGAAAACCUAGUGAACCCAUGUUUGUCAUAAAGAUGGAAAUGUUUAAAAAAUGGCAAGAUAGACUUAAAAACGAAGAAGAAGAAUGGUCAAAUUGGUUAGAUGAAAAACAAAAGAAAUAUAUUGAUGUAGAAUGGGAUAAAUGGGUACAAUGGAAAAAGGAAAAUAACAAGAAGUUUAUUGAUUGGAUGGAAUAUUUUGUUGAAAAAUGGACAAGCAAUAAACAGUGGAAUGUAUGGAUUGAGGAGAGAAACAGUUGUAUCACACUAUAAAUGCUAUUAGCUAAAUUAAGUAAUGAAAUAGUAACUGUGUGAAGAACGUAUACGUUGUUGUAUAUACACCUAUAGAACAAAAUGAACACAAAGCAAGAGGGGGUAAUGCCAUUACCAUUUGAAGGAGCUCAAAAAAAUAUGAAUUACGAUGUAGAAAUACAAAUGGGAAAAACAAAAUGCAUCAGAAGGAAAGCUUAUUAUAAAACUUUUUUUCUU